GGUACAGUCCCAUCCCUGCUCCCCCAGGAUGCCCAAACCUACAGAAAGCCAUCCCAGUCCCCAUUCCAAGCUCUGUCCCAUCCCUGCCGUGCCAGGGCUCUGUGCAUUGUUGCCUUCAUCUUCCUCUUCCUCACCCGUGCCCUACCUGGCGGGGGUGCAAUCAGCUGAGGCUGUCUGGCCCCUCCCUGGGCUGGGCCCGGCUAUAAAACCCAGGGGCCAGGCAGAGGGUGUCACAAGGAUCUGGGAGCUGUUGGCAGGUGAGUCCAGGGGUGCCAGGGUUGGACUUGGGGGCUCUUGUCUGUUGGAUGCUGCUGCUAUCCCUGGGCUGCAGGUGGGAUCCUGCCUGGUUCCCACAGGGCUCAGAGCUGGGUCUGGAUUUGGUCCCUACACAAGGAGUUUUGGAUUAUGCUUUUUGGGGCACAAGAUGUCAUAGAGUAGGUUUGGGGGGCACAACAUGAGGUGCAGAGGGGGCUGCUGGUGUGUAAGGGGCUGUUCCCAUGGGACAUCUCCCUGCUGUGUCUGGGUAAUGCUGGAAUGGCCCCACUGGCCAUGGGGAGCAGAGGGGUCUGAUGAGGGGCAGAGGGGCCAUUCCCAUGGGAUAUCCCACUCCCCUGUCUGGGUGGUGUUGGGAUGGCUCUGUGGGGCAGGUGGACACGGGGAGCAGGACCUGCCCGGCACACAGCCAUCCAUGCCCCAGCCAGCAGGAAGUGGCGGUGGUGGUGACCCUGGUGACAUAGCCUUGAGUCACACUGGAGAUUCCAGGUGACAGCCCAUCUCCGGUACAUGGGCUGGGAGGGAUGCUUGGAGAGAGGCAACCCAGUCCUUGAACCGGCCUGUCCCUGUCCCCAGACAGCAGCAGCGAUGGCAACACUCUACCCCUCCCUGGAGGACAUGAAGGGCCACCAGGUCCUGCAGGCCCAGGCAGCAGCCGGGGUGAGGACCCCUGCCACCACAGUGGUCACAGAGAAGCCGAAGCUCACCUCAGGCACUGAGCCUCCUGUGCUGUACCCCAACCUAGCCGAGCUGGAGAACUACAUGGGGCUGGCGCUCUCCAGCGAGGAGAUCCAGAAGAACCUGCGCACUGAGGACAGCACCGCACUGACCCCCGUGGGGCCCUCCCCAGGCCAGCUGGUCGCCCCCCUGAGCGGGAACAGCGCGGGGCUGCGGCGGGCAGAGAUCAAGCCGGGGGUGCGGGAGAUCCACCUCUGCAAGGACGAGCGGGGCAAGACGGGGCUGCAGCUGAAGAACGUGGACCAGGGCAUCUUCGUGCAGCUGGUGAAGGCCAACUCGCCCGCAGCGCUGGUGGGGCUGCGCUUCGGGGACCAGGUGCUGCAGAUCGACGGCAAGAACUGCGCGGGCUGGAGCAGUGACAAGGCACAGCGCGCGCUGAAGAAGGCAAACCCUGAAAAAAUCGUCAUGGUGGUGCGGGACAGGCCUUUCCAGCGCACCGUGACCGUGCACAAGGACAGCACCGGCCACAUCGGCAUUGUGGUGAAGAAGGGGAAGAUUGUGUCCCUGGCCAAGGACAGCUCGGCCGCCCGCAACGGGCUCCUCACCCACCACUGCAUCUGCGAGGUGAACGGCCAGAACGUCAUCGGCAUGAAGGAUAAGCAGCUCACGGAGGUGCUGGCAGGGGCUGGGAAUGUGGUGACACUGACCAUCAUCCCCACUGUGAUCUACGAGCACAUGGUCAAACGGCUCUCAUCAGGGCUGGUGAAGUCGUCCAUGGACCACUCCAUCCCUGACCUGUGACACCAUCGCUGCUGUUCUGGGAGCUGAUGCUGGAAGCCCAGAGGGCCUGCUGAGAGGACCCCACAGCACCUCCAAAGGAGCUGUUUCAGCACAAAACCCCUUAUCCCCUCAGAGUCUGGUGGCUGCUGGGUGGUUCCUCCUCUCCUCAGCAAGGAUGGGGCAGAUGUCCUGUACCAGCAUCCCACUGUCCCCGUGUCCCUGCUUAGGCCACCCCCCUCCGGGCGGAUGCCAAGGGCUGGCUCCAGCCGAAGCAGACACAGACCCAGCAACAUUUAUUACAUCCACCACAGAGAGCGAGUACAGGACAGGGGAAACAAGAAGAGGGGGGUUACAGCUUUUUCAGUUCUGUAUUUAAAAAAUAUAUUAUAUAGAUUUGUCUUUCAAAUAUAGUCGUUACAUUUAUUUCUUGGCAAAGCUUUGGAUAGCCUAACAGACGUGUACACAGAUCCACAAAUACAUUGCACGAGAGGCGAAUAUCCCAGCUCCGCUUACAUCUGCCCCGGCUGCCUGAACACUGCUGCUCCCCACAUCCAUUUCCUGGCACCUGGUGCUGUGCUGGUGGCAGAGCUGCUGUCCCCACUGCCCCCCAGCACAGGCAGAGCCAGCAGAAGGGGGAUGCAGGAAGUGUGGGGCACACAGGAUGUAGCACGUGCCCCUCUGGGGACCACUGGACAUCGGCGUGUGGAGCAUCACCGUGCCAGGGCACCUGGCUGGUGGCACCCAUGGGUGGGGGAGUGGGAUUGGGUUGGGGUUGGGGGAAACACUGUUAGUUCAAGUCACGAAGAAACCACAGACAUUCGUGGGGUGGGAGUGCGGCACGCCCGGGGGAGCCCCAAGUCCCGCGCCCCAACAGCCCCGCUGAGCAAUCCUUGCUGUCUUUGUGUUUCAACAACAAAAAAAAGGCAUUUUUCCGGA